UGUGUUUUUUUGUUUUGUUUUGUUUUUAGAUCUCCGGCGGCUAUUACCUAGAAUUCUGGACUUGCCUAAUAGAAUGCCCACAUUUCUGUGGUUUCUGUUGUUCUGUUUUCUAGUGUAAUUGUACUUUUACCAACUGCAACAGUGACACCGGCAUCUGUGUGCAGGAUGGAUACCCGUGAACUGCGCUUCGCGCGCGCAAUGAUCUUCGCCAUCGAGGAGAUCAACAACAGCUCGGAGCUGCUGCCAGGCAUCAAACUCGGGUACCAGAUCCACGACUCCUGCGGCUCCGUGUCCGUAGCUGCUCACGUGGCAUUCCAACUUACCAACGGCCUGGACCCGGUGUUUUACACAGGCGAAAAGUGCUCACAGACCGGCAUGGUAAUGGGUAUCGUUGGAGCGUCUGGGUCUACGCCUUCCAUCAGCAUGUCACGCGUAAUCGGCUCUUACAACAUCCCACAAGUGAGCUACUUCUCCACCUGCGCAUGCCUGUCCGAUAAACAGCAGUACCCGAAUUUCUUCAGAACCAUCCCCAGUGACCAGUUCCAGGCUGACGCGCUGGCCAAGCUGGUCAAGCACUUCGGCUGGACGUGGAUUGGAGCUGUCAGGUCAGACUCGGACUAUGGCAACAACGGCAUGGCUGCUUUCUUGAAGGCUGCGCGAAAGGAGGGGAUCUGUGUGGAGUACUCUGAAUCUUUCUACAGGAGCCACCCACGAAGCAGGAUCCAGAGAGUGGCAGAAGUUAUCCGCAGGUCGACAGCUGUCGUCGUCGUGGCAUUUGUAGCCUCUGGAGACAUGACAAUCCUUCUUGAGGAGCUGUCUCUCAAUCCUCCUCCACCUCGCCAGUGGAUAGGUGGUGAGUCCUGGGUAACCGCCCCGGAAAUGCUGAGAUUCAACUUCUGCAUCGGAACCAUUGGAUUCGGCAUCCAGCAGUCCAUCAUCCCAGGCUUCAGAGACUUCUUACUGGACCUCUCUCCCGCUGAAGUUGCUGCCUCUCCAUUGCUUACUGAGUUCUGGGAAGAUGCAUUCAGCUGCAGGCUGGGUAAAACUCCAGCUGAAGGUGAGAGUGUGUGUGAUGGUACUGAAGCCUUGCACACCCUCCAGAGCCCUUACACUGACACAUCUCAGCUCCGAGUCACAAACAUGGUGUACAAGGCUGUUUAUGCCAUAGCACACGCUAUCCACAACACAAUGUGUCAGAGCACAAAUACUUCUCAGUGUGACACAAUCACCAGGAUAGAGACACAACAGGUUCUCACUCAGCUAAAGAAAGUAAAUUUUUCCAGAAAUGGUUACCAGGUGUCAUUUGAUGCUAACGGGGAUCCUGUGGCCAUGUAUGAGCUGGUGAACUGGCAGAGGAGUGCGAGCGGUGGCCUUGAGUUUGUGACAGUAGGACACUACGAUGCAUCGCUGCAAGUGGGGGAGGAGUUUCAAAUCAACAGGGACGUCACCUGGAUGGAGGGUAGCACACAAGUGCCUGUGUCAAUGUGCACUGACAGCUGUCCACCAGGAACUCGUAAAGUCCUUCAGAAAGGAAAGCCUAUCUGCUGUUAUGAUUGCAUACCCUGUCCUGAUGGAGAGAUUAGCAAUGACACAGAUUCCUCCGAUUGUUUCCCUUGUCCGAUGGAGUUUUGGCCUAACACAGAGAGAGACACUUGUCUCCCCAAGCCUGUGGAGUUUCUCUCCUUCAACGAGGUCUUGGGUAUCAUCCUGGCUGCGUUCUCAGUCGGUGGAGCCUGUCUUGCCAUUGUAACAGCAGCUGUGUUCCUUCGUCACAGAAAAACUCCAAUUGUGAGUUAUUUUGCGACAUGCACAUGUCUCACUGACAAACACAUGUACCCAUCAUUCUUGCGGACCGUGCCGAAUGAUCUCUUCCAAGUUCGAGGUCUAGUCCAGCUGGUCACCUUCCUUGGCUGGUUCUGGGUGGGCACAUUAGGGACAACGGAUGACUACAGUCAGUAUGGUAUCCAAGCAUUUUCUAAUCAGUUUAAACAACAAGGAGGUUGUUUGUCAUUCCAUCUGAAUAUCCCUAAAUCACCCACUGUGGCUGAGAUUCAUGAGCUAGCAGACAAGCUGCAGAGCUCAACCGCACGGGUAGUGGUGGUCUUUGCAACUGAGGGACAGCUGGUGGAUCUGUUCUUAGAGCUGGCUGAGAGAAACGUGACAGGGCUCCAGUGGGUCGCUAGUGAAGCCUGGGUGACCGCUACCCUACUAACCUCCUUACGUUUCCACUCGGUCCUGGAGGGCACGCUAGGUUUCUCCUUCCCUGGAGUCAGGAUCCCUGGUUUGGAGGAAUUUCUGCUGAAUGUUCGCCCGUCUUCUAAGCCUGGGAUGGAGUUGAUUAACAUUUCCUGGGAAGAGCUGUUUGACUGUACGAUGGGGGUCAGAGGUGACACAUCCAAGGAUGCUGCUACAGAUGCUAACUUUGUGGGACAGCACAACUCUCGUAACAUAUCUGGGUCACUGGUUGGAGAAAUUGUUGGAAACAUAAGAACAUUUAAAGAAUCCCUUGAUAAAACGUAUAACGGUGUGGCUGAAAGGCCUGUAUGUAAUGGUUCAGAGGGUCUGAGGUACACAGAGAGCAGUUACACUGAUGUUUCUCAGGUCAGAAUAUCUUACAAUGUUUAUAAAGCUGUGUAUGCUAUCGCCCAUGCUCUGCACACUUUACUGAACUGUGAUUCUAUGGAUAAAAACAAGGGAAUAUGUGAGAAACACAAAUUCUUCACUUCAAAGCAGUUGCUGCACCAUCUGCAGACGGUAAAUUUCACCAACCAGUUUGGAGAAAAAGUACAUUUUGACUCUAGUGGAGAGCCAGUUCCUCUCUAUGACAUCAUAAACUGGCAGAGGGAUAGCACGGGGGAAAUUAGAUUUGUCAAGGUGGGGAGCUAUGAUGGUUCAGCUCCUUUGAGACAACAAUUGCAGCUUGUGCGGAGCGCCAUUGUAUGGACAAAGGGACAGUCACAAGUGCCGAUAUCUCAGUGUAGUGUGCCUUGCUCCCCUGGCAGCAGGCAGGCCAGACGUCCAGGAGAACCCCACUGCUGCUUUGAUUGUCUGCCAUGUGCAGAUGGAGAGUUCAGCAACCAGACUGGUUCCACUGAGUGCACUAAAUGUCCAGAGUACUACUGGUCAGACAAAGACAAAGUGAAAUGUGUGGCUGGGGUUGAAGAAUUUCUGUCUUUUUAUGACACCAUGGGCAUCACCCUGGUCACACUCACACUCCUGGGUUUUGUCUUGACCUGCGUCAUCACAACUGUCUUUCACCGUUUCCGUUUCACACCUAUUGUCAAAGCCAACAACUCAGAGAUAAGUUUCCUGCUCCUCCUGUCACUCAAGCUCUGCUUCUUGUGUUCCCUGGUUUUCAUUGGCCAGCCGUCAGUGUGGACAUGCAGGCUGCGACAGGCAGCCUUUGGCAUCAGCUUUGUCCUCUGUUUGUCCUGCCUCCUUGUUAAGACCAUUGUGGUUCUCUUUGCCUUCUGGGCUAAGGUACCUGGUUCUAGGGCUCUGAAGCUGUUUGGCCCCUCCCAACAGAGAACUCUGAUUCUCUGCACCACAAUUCCUCAGGUUUGUCUCUGUGUUGGCUGGCUCUUGUGUGCACCCCCUUUCCCAUUCAGGAACCCAACAUACCAAGCUUCAACUGGAAAAAUUGUUGUGGAGUGUAAGGAGCCGUGGCCUCCAGGGUUUUAUUUGGUCCUCAGCUACAUCGGAUUACUAGCCUUCCUCUGCCUCCUCUUAGCAUACCUCGGAAGGAAGCUGCCUGAUACCUUCAACGAAGCUAAACUCAUCACCUUCAGCAUGCUUAUCUUCUGGGCUGUGUGGAUCUCUUUCAUCCCAGCUUAUGUCAGCUCUCCAGGGAAGUUUACUGUAGCGGUGGAAGUAUUUGCUAUAUUAGCUUCCAGUUUUGGACUGUUGGUGUGUAUUUUUGUGCCUAAAUGUUACAUAAUUUUACUGAUGCCAGAGAAGAACACCAAGAGAGGUUUAUCAGGAAAAUAUCUCAGAUGAACUUGACAUUUACAUAGUAGAUGGUCAUUUUAAGCACCCAGUAAAUAUGCCUUUUUAUGUUGGAUGAAGAAAAUACUUUUAAAUUUCCAAUACUGAAUGCAAAUAUAACAAAAUAAGUUUCACAUUCAAAAAC